GAGUUGGAGCUACGAUAUCGCACACAUCGUGCCCCCCUGAAGAUGACAGGUCUACUUGGAGCAUACCAGAGAUGGAAGAUACACUCGAUUCUCCGAUUCUAGAUUCAAGAGCUACACAACAACCUACACCUCCACCGCAUGAUUUACGGAGAGUUGACAUGACACCGACUUCUCAAACUCACCUGCGAAACACCAAGAGCAUGGAUAUCGAUGAAGAAACAAAUGGACCCGAUAUGUUAUCCCCUGUCAGUGCGGAAGGAGAUAAACAGGAUGAGGCUGAAAUGCAUACCGCCACUAAUCCACGAAUUGCGUCGCCAUCCUUAGGUUACGACUUUUCGAACGUUAGAUUGUUACCAUCUUCACCAUCUUCCAAAUUACGACCGGGUAGCAAAUUUCAUGGCACACAACAAUCAGAACGGCAGGUCUAUGACGUACAGGUCGAAAUUAAACAUGUCGACAUGAGAGAAUCAUUUUUAUGUGGAUAUUUACGCAUUCAAGGCCUGACCGAAGACCAUCCUACCCUUACGACCUAUUUCGAGGGUGAAAUCAUUGGAUCAAAGUAUUCAUUCUUUACCCAACACGAAGAUUGGGGAUCUACAGAUAAAGUCGACUUAACACACUGGGCAAAGUUUCAAUCCUUCCGUCCUUUUCAGAAAUCUGCGAAGAAAGGAAACUGCCAUAUACCAAAUCUAGCACAACGAGAGAAUAUUUUUAUGAGAUGGAAGGAACACUUUCUAGUUCCUGAUCAUCGUGUUAGGACAAUUAGCGGUGCAAGUUUUGAAGGAUUCUAUUAUAUUUGCUUUAAUCAAGUUGAGGGGAGUGUUAGCGGAAUAUAUUUUCACGCAAAGAGCGAGAAAUUUCAACAACUAGAGUUGAAACAUGUCGAGGAUAGGGGGUGCUUCCAGGCAGUGGAGUUUAGAUGAAUCACGAAACCCCGACUAUUUAGCCAACAUUUCAUGAAUCUCCGAGCGCAAUUGAACAUAUCAAGAAGAGUUUAUUUCCUACGACGAAAAGAGAGCAGGUAUCCGGAGCAUGGUGUUAGGGAUUGAGGAUAUGAUUUUGGAUAUAAGGGUGCGUGCAUAUAAGUGGAAGGAUAUUUUGAAGGCUCGAUUUACCAUUGUCACGGGCAGCAUUGGAUUAUGAUAUAUACCGAUAUCGUAAGCGACAUGUGGAAAACAUCGCAUACUAGCA